GGGAACAGAAACUCAAAGGGGAUUCUUGGAGCAGACGUCUUUUUUUCUAACUAGGCUGCCAGUGCAGAGUUGAAGCGCUCUCUCUCUCUUUUAAUGAAGGCUCCAUUGGACUGCAAGCGAUACACUGGAUGAUUACCAUAGAACGCAAAUAAAAGUCAAUAGUUUAUGGCAAAGAGGUUGCGUUAGAAUUGAUUCGAUACAGUGUUCUUGAAAUACUUACUAACCAGGUUUGAGUCUCCCAGUGGGUUAUUUUGCAAGUCAAAAGGUUUUAUACUUUUCCAAGGAUGAAAAAACAGUCGUUGUCACGUCAGUUUCUACAACUGCAUUAAGUCUGGACUUGGGUACAGUGAUCCAAAGACCUAUCUACCAUUCGAGCCACGACAGCAGUGGAUUUUCCCCUUUCUUUUUUUUUAUUUAAUUCAAUGUGCAAGCAAUUAGUCGGCAGGGACUGGGAUGCAACUUGGCUUUAAUUUGUGCAACGUCUGUAACUUUUUAUCAUUUGCGGCUGCAUUGUGCGUUUCUAAAAGGGAACGCAAGGGUUAUAUUAGCCAUAGCCCAGACCCGCCUGUGGUGUGGCUGAACUUACCCCGAUGAGAGAACCAGUCAUUCCGGGGACAAGCAUGGCUUAUCAUCCUUUCUUGCCACACCGGGCUCCUGACUUUACCAUGAGCGCCAUGCUAGGUCACCAGCCCCCUUUCUUCCCGACCCUUGCCCUGCCUCCUAGUGGAGCUGCUGCUCUUUCUCUCUCUGGCGCCCUAGCCAAGCCGAUUAUGGAUCAGCUGGUAGGGGCAGCUGAAACUGGCAUACCAUUCUCGUCUCUGGGACAUCAAGCUGCCGCUCAUCUGAGGCCUCUCAAAACAUUGGAGCCUGAAGAAGAAGUAGAAGAUGAUCCCAAAGUGCAUCUGGAAGCGAAGGAUCUCUGGGAGCAGUUUCACAAGCGUGGCACAGAAAUGGUCAUAACAAAAUCUGGAAGGAGAAUGUUCCCUCCAUUUAAAGUCAGAUGUACUGGGUUGGACAAAAAAGCCAAAUAUAUUCUGCUGAUGGAUAUUGUGGCAGCUGAUGACUGCAGAUACAAGUUCCACAACUCUCGCUGGAUGGUAGCAGGAAAAGCUGAUCCUGAAAUGCCAAAGAGAAUGUAUAUCCACCCGGAUAGUCCAGCCACAGGCGAGCAGUGGAUGUCCAAAGUCGUGACGUUUCACAAACUCAAGUUGACGAACAACAUUUCGGAUAAGCAUGGCUUUACAAUUCUAAAUUCCAUGCAUAAGUAUCAGCCAAGAUUUCACAUUGUGAGAGCAAAUGACAUUUUGAAGCUCCCGUACAGCACAUUUAGGACGUAUGUGUUCCCUGAAACUGAAUUUAUAGCCGUGACUGCAUACCAGAAUGAUAAGAUUACACAGCUGAAAAUCGACAAUAACCCCUUUGCAAAAGGCUUUCGGGAUACAGGAAAUGGCAGGCGAGAGAAAAGGAAACAACUAGCACUACAAUCCAUGCGAGUUUAUGAGGAUCAGCAAAAGAAGGACAACUGCACUUCGGACGAUUCCUCCAGUGAACAGACACCCUUCAAAUGCCAUGUGCAGGCAUCCUCCCCAACUGUUUCUACAGCGGGGCCCGGGAACCUGAAAGGUUUCUGCCGCAGCGAUGGUGAAAGUGAUGAAGAAGUCCGAGAUGAGCAAGUCCAAGAUGAAUGCAGUUCCACAAAAAUUUCCACCACCACGGAAGAAGCAAAAGAAGAAGAUAGUGCCCACAAAUCUCGUGUUAUUUUUCUGGAUUCUGUCAACAAAAACAAAGAAAUCUCCAGAACUGAAAAGAACUCUCCGGAGUCCAGACAAAGUACACCAACCAUCACUUCAAACACCAAGGCCCUCAAUGGAGAGAGGAUUAAAAGUCCAUUAACAGAUCCCCUCAAAGCAGAGGAGCCUAGGGUUCUGAAUAAGGAAACAUUUACUCCAUUAACAAUUCAUACGGACAGCACUUCUCAUCUGAGUCCGGGACAUCUACAGAACUUUGGCUUCCCUCAUGGCCUUCAUGGACAGCAGUUCUUCAAUCCCCUGGGUGGUGGGCAUCCAUUUCUACUCCAUCCUGGGCAGUUUGCUAUGGGUGGGGCUUUUUCUAAUAUGGCAGCAGGUAUGGGCCAUUUGCUAGCAAAUGUGUCUGGAACUUCAGCAGUUAAUGCAAUGGACACAGCGAGCAUUAUGACGUCAGCGCAGGGGCUGUCAGGCGCAUCGGCUGCGGCCCUUCCAUUUCACCUUCAGCAGCACAUCCUCGCAUCUCAGGGUCUGGCGAUGUCACCCUUUGGAAGUCUGUUCCCCUAUCCCUACACUUACAUGGCAGCAGCAGCUGCAGCCUCUUCUGCCGCCUCUUCAGCCAUGCACCGUCACCCCUUACUAAAUGCAGUGCGCCCUCGCCUGAGGUAUAGCCCCUAUUCAAUACCAAUGUCCUUGCCUGACAACAGCAGUCUUCUCACUACAGCCCUCCCUACUAUGGCCAGCAGCACAGCUGAAACCAAGACGAAUGGCAUGGGAACCAUGGCAACCAGUCCAAUUUCUGUUACUCUGGACUCUGGAUCCGAUGUGAACAGCAGAUCUUCAACUUUUUCUUCAGGAUCAAUUUCUCUGUCUCCAAAACUAUGCUCUGAAAAAGAAACCACUAAUGAACUGCAAAACAUUCAACGUCUGGUCAGUGGGCUUGACUCAAAACAAGACAGAUCAAUCAAUAGCUCACCUUAACAUCUGGAUAUCAACAGCUUAUCUCUGGCUUUCUUUUAUGAACUUUUAAAACCUGUCUUCUCUGUGCACUUUGUAAAAGCUGUCCAUCUGUAUGUUGUUUUGUUCCUUUUUUUCAACACCACAAGUAUUUAAGAAAAUAAUUUAGAGGUGAAUAUUUCAAAGCUGCUACAACAACUGUGUUUGUAAAAUGAAAAUGUACAGCAUAUCCUUUACAUAUCUGAGAAGUUAUAAGAUUAGCAGCUGGUAGGUGGGAAGUAAAGUAUCAAAAGACAGCUAAGAUGAUGUGGAAAUGCCAGUGCAAGGAAUUGUUUGCCCUUUAAUAGUCCUUUUUUUGUUAUGGAUUUGCUAUUCUAAAAGCAGUAAGUAAUGUCUUGAUUGCAGACAUGGCUGCAAAGAAGUUGGCAUCAUUUGUUCUGUUUCAUCCCCAGUCUAUGGUUGGUAGUACACUUCAUUACCACCACUGCCUUCUAUAUGCAAUAAAAUACGAAGGAAAUUAGUGUAAACAGGGCUGCAACAAAGGUAUUUAUAUAAUUAUUUGAUAUCUCUUGUAAAUAUCAGAAGUUAGAAUACUGAAAAUUAAAGUUUAAUUUAUUGACAUUGUACAUACCUCUGUAAAUAUGAUAGUAAGUAGCCCAAUACCUUGUGCUUCAGUGCAUUUCAAGUGUGUUCUGUUGCUCCUUUGCAUUGGUUUGGUGUUCACUGUUCACUCCAGCAUUUGUUCAAGAGACUACCUAAGGGAGAAUUGAGAUAUCGGAGUGAAAAAAAGUGCCAUUACAGCUUUCACUUUUGUUUCAGUGUUAGACAUGGUGCUAUCGAACCAAAACCGACAAAAUGCCAGUGCAAAUGAGAAUAAGCACUAAGUUAAGGCACUCGUAAAUUUGCUGAAUAGCUACUUCAGUUAUUAUGAUGUGUGAAAAAUUCACAUUUUGUUGCGGGUACUUGCUUGUAAAAUUGUACUGGGGUUUAAGGAGAUAAUUGUACCCAAAAUUAUGUUAAAAAAAACAGAAGUCAUUUGGUUCCUGUAUUACUUUGUUUUUAAAAUGUUCUUAAAUUUCAAUAAAUUUGUAUUGAAAUGCCAUAUGAUGUGUCAGCAGGUAAUCCAAUAAUAUAGAAAUUAUCUCAAGGAAGUGUUUUAUGUUGAUUGUGUGGUGACGGUUGGGGGGGUUGCAGUUUUAAUAUUGUUGAUGCGCAACAUGUAAUAACUAGAAAAUGUUAUCUGUUACCCUUUUGAACUUGUCCUGGUACAAAAUAUAAUGCCAUACACUUUUCUCACUUUGUGUGCUAAUUUGUGACUGACAGUGGUGAUAUUUUAAUGCUACUAAUCAGUAAUGAUUUGCUCAGAUAAUGACACCAAUAGGUUUAACUGCAGCAGUCGGUAUGUUGUGUGUAAAGUACAUUCUUACUGUUUUUUUAAAUUUUACAGAAUUUAUUUUAUUAAUAGCAAGAAACAGAUUCUAAGAAUAUCUUCACACAAGUAAAGCAUCCAAUGGGUCAUAAGAGGCAGUAUGCUCGGCUUCAAAGCUGUGCAUAUUAUUGUUAUCUGUAGUGACCUCUAACCGGGAUAAGCCGAAAGACACAGCAGAUUUGUUUCAACUUUGUGUACUAGGUUUUAGACAAGACAUGGGAUGGUUUUCAGACAGACUAGGGGAAAUAUCAACUGGACACAGGAGAAAUUUCCCUGAUCUUUUUUUUACCAAUAAAAAUUAGGGGCCGAUUUUUUUCUGUCAGUAGUUGUAUCCAGUUUAAAUCACAGAAGCUCUAAGAUUAAGAAGUGAAGGCAAUUGGUCAACAUUGGGAUUCUAAAGACUCGUAUACAAUGCAUUGCUCUUUGCUUUAUAGCCCUGUCUAAACAAACAGUAUAACUGGUAGAUGCAUCCUUGAUUAUAUCAGACAGGUUCUCAAACCAUCUGGAGAAAAGGCAUACAUUUCCAUGACUAGAUGCUUAAACUUGUCCACUGUUAUUAAAAAAAAGUUACUGCA